AAGUUAUUCCCCUUGAACCGUUGAAUGGUAAAAAUUGACAGUUCUGUGUAACUUCAUAAUAAUUAGCUAUAGAUGAGUUCAUAGUUAAGAUCAAUUAGCAUUUAGCAACUGGUUGCAGGACUGAGAAUAUACAAUGCAUAUAACUGUUGAAUGGUACAUGUAGAAUAAUCAAAUUUCAUGAAUGAGAAAAGCUUCAAACUUUUAACAGAAAAAAAAGAAGUUGGUAGAAAAUGAAUAGUUAAUCAGGAACACAUAAUAUACUGUUUUGAUAAUGGCCAUGGAAACACCAAAUGGUAUAAUCACAAGUGCAAGCAGUUCUUCUGCUAGCAGUGCUGAAUUAAAAAGUCCAAUAAAUUGCAUCAGUUCUUAUAAGAGAAAGGACUCACUGCUAUCAAGAUGGAAAAAAUCAGGGCUAGCAUUCAGAAGAUAUCUAAAUUGUUUAGAUGCAAAACAAUCAGAUAGUUCAACGGAUGAGGAAUUAUUUAAUAAAGUCAAGACGGGUCAGCUUACUAAAAAUGAUUACGUUAAAAAAUCGUCAAUGUCAAAACACACAUCCAAUAUAGACGAAAGACUGUCUGAUAGUUCUGGUAAUGGCGCCACAGAAGUUAAAAACAAUAAUAGAAUUUCAUUGGCUCGUAAAUGUUUACAUCGGGACAAGAUUUGUCAUAAAGAGGAGAACUGUGUCUAUGGUGAAUGUUGUACUGCUAAUGCUCUGCUCACUGAUGAUUAUUUAUCCCUACAUUCCAGUAGAAACUGUACCACUGACACAGACCAGUCUGAUUGGUGUCAAAGUACGGACCUGAUAGAAAGCACCUGUGAUUGCUGUAGUAGUCAAUGUGAUAAUUAUGAUAUGACUAAGAACUGUUUGGACAGUUGUCAUGCUUGUAAGAAAAUGGAGGCAGACCAGACUGAUUUUUAUUCAUUCCAAGGUCAAGAUGAAGAUAAUAUCUGUUCAGAUCAUUCCAAACUUUUACUCAACCAAAGUGAAAACCAUAAACUUUAUAGAACUGAAAGAUUUAAUAAACCUUUUAAAAGAAGUAAAAUAUCUGUAAAUAAAUGUCUGACUGAUAAAACAACUGUUGAAACUAGUGACUCUGGUAGUAAUGGAAUCCAGGGUGAAUCUGAUAUAACUUUUUGUAUAAGAUGUCAUUCUGAAAUAACUAUCAGCAAAAAGUAUCAAGAUGUUGAUGUAUUUUGUAGAAAAUGUCAAUCAGCUGAAAGAAAUUUCGGUAUUUUCAAAAAUAGUUCUAAAACAUCAUAUGUUGACAAAUCAUCUGAGAGAACUUUUAAAGAUUACAGCAGAAAUUCUACAUCAAAGAAUUUGGAUAAAUUUAAUAUUAAAAAUGAUGACAUGAUUCAUAAAAGAGAAAGAAUUUCCCUUACUGACAAACAAAAAUCCCUGAAGAGAGAAAAUCAUAGAUUGACUUCUAUUCCGUUGCAUUCUGAUUUUUUAUCAGCAUAUGGAAAAGUUGAUCAUUCAAGCAUAAAACAUUCCCUUCCUGAAGAAAGUCCUGUUGUGACAGAAGGAUAUAAUGGUGAGGACAUCAGUGAUGAUAUUGACUAUCUAGAGUCGGCCAUAGACUACAGUCCCUCAGGGUUCCUCUCUAGCUUAGCCAGAAUGAGCUUGGAAAAUCUUUCAGAAGAAUCUACAGAUAAAAUACAUAUAUCUGAUGAUGACAGUCUACCGCCAGCUCCUAGCUUCAUUCCUGGUUUUAAUUUUGCCAUGCCCUAUCUCUCUGACAGGUUAAAGAACAGUAUUGCACAACGUCUUGGUCAAGAAGGAAAUACUGAUGUUAGAAAUGAUCAGAUUGAAAGCAUUGAAUAUCAGGAAACAGAACAUCUACCUGACAGUGAGGAUGAAGAGUCUUUCCAAGGGAGACAACUGGUAGUAGAUCAGAGCACAGAGAAUAUGACUGAAGAGGAGACACUGACAGAUUUACUGACCAACCUGGAGAAGAUUGACAUGCUAAACAAUCUUCUACUUAGUGACCAGGAUGAUUGGGAUAUCAGUAGGCAGAUUGAAACAACAGCUGAUACUAAUCAAAAUAAAGAUGAAGAAAAUGGUUCUGAUGGGGGAGAAGCUGAUGAUGAAUUUGAAUGUGACUGUCAGUUCUGUGUAGGCUCCAGUCUAGAUGGAGAUGGUUGUCAUAACAAUGAAGAAGCUGCUGAAGAUAGAAUUAGUCAUGAAAGUUCUGAACAGAAUAUACUCUCAACUGUUCAAAAUACAGAUUAUGGCUUUAACUUUUGGAUGUCAGAGAGAGAUGAUGAGGAUGACAGUAUGUUUACUAUAAACAUUGAAGAGUUAUCUCCCCUAGAUCUGCUGAUGAAUGACAGAAGAAGUGAGCUAGAGCUGAUGUUUGAGAAUGUUAUAAUACAAAUGCUAGCUGUCCAUCCAGACUUACUUGGAGAACAGGCUCCACCUCCUGCUGCUCAGUCAACCAUACAGAACUUACCAAUAACUCCAGUCACAAGUCUACAGAUAAGUCAAAGUUUAUCCUGUCCAAUUUGUCUGUGCAUCUUUGAAGACUGUGACUCUACAACAACGUUACCAUGCAGACACCAUUUUCAUCCUCUCUGUAUAAAGGCUUGGCUCAGCAAGUCAGGAACUUGUCCAGUUUGCAGAUUUACAUUAGAGUGAGAACACAACAGAUUGAAUAAUUAGAAUUUAACUAAUAAAUAAUUAAUUAAAUCUAUAUCACUUGCUGCUGGAACACAUCUGUAAGACAGGCCAAAGGAAGCAAGAAUACACACUAAAAACAGGAGGAAACUUACUGAUUUAAAAUAGUCCUUAUAGUGCUAUGAACAGUAUGAGUUGAUGGAUAUUGAAAAUAAUACAAGAUAUGUGACUUUUGAAAACAUGAAGAAUGACUAUUAUAACA